AUGGACCAGGAAUUGGGAGAGAGGGGAUGAAGGGAUGAAAGUCUUUCGGAUAGUGAAGAGCAGCUUGAGAAAGUUAGGAAGAGUAUGAAGGAGUAUAUGAGGUUGUUUAAGGAGAGGUUAAGGGAGGAGAGGGGCCGAGGGGAGGAGGAUAAGGGAUGUGUGGAACAGCCGAAUGAUGAUAGCUAUGUGUGCCAUAGAUGUGAUGAGAGAGGUCAUUUUAUACACGAUUGUCCUACUAAUGGUGAUCCAUUGUUUGAUGAAGAGAAGGGAUACCAAGAUUCUCCAGGGGCUGUAGCUUUUAAGAUUCAAAAACAAGUCGAAGAAAAGCUAAAUGGCAUUUGUAGAGAUGAUAAGGUAGUUUAUAAACCCUUUCUUAAAUCUCAACUAAUGCCUGAAUUUUGAUGCCAAAUUUGCCAAGAUAUCUUUAAGAAUCCAGGAUUGAUGCCUUGUUGUGGUAUCAAUUAUUGAUGGGAGUGAAUUAUUUCUCAGAUAUCUCCACUUAGAGGUUACUUUUCUUGCCCAAAUUGCGACCAAGCUACAUUAGUAGAUAUUUCAUCAGAAAUUCUUACUAAAAAUAUUGUAAUGAACAAUCUUUUAAAUAGGCUAUCUCAGUUAUACAAAAGAGAGCUGCAGAUCGGAACUCACAUAAAGGAAAUUGAGAUUUCUAAAUAUUCUGUUGAAAAUUUGAGCCAAGUACAAGAAAUCAGUACCCAGAAUAUUACUGAAUUUGAUCAAGAGAAACUCUUAGAAGAGUACCAAGCAGAUGAAGAGGAUUACAAAGCAAUUAUGGAAAUACUUAAUUUAGAGAACAUCGACAUUGAACCAGAAGUCAUCAAAUAUAAUGCCAAGCAAGAGAAAUUUCUACAGAAAAAGACAAAUUCCUUGAUUAAUCCAAAUCCUACCAAAGCUCUGAGAGUAAUGCAGAAAACUAGUGAUAUCAAGGAUGAUUUCUGUUCCAUUUUACCUCAUAUAGAAGAGGAAGAACUAAAAACUGACGAGACGGAUACAUUUCCUGAUCUCUCUGAUAGAUUCUUUGUGAACGCUCGCUCUUAUCUAUCGUGCAAUAUGAAAGAUAUGGUAGAUAACAAAUUAAGCAACAAAGCUUCUCUGAAGAUCUAUUCUACACAAACCAGAGGACCAAUAUUUCAGUGUGAGAAUCAAAUUAAGAGCUCAAUCAAGAAUCGAAUCAAGAACAAGAAGAGAAAGAAAAGAAGGAACAGGAAGAAAAAGAAUGCUUCUUUAUUGGGAAACUAAUGUGGUCUAAGUUAUUAUUCAGAAACGAUGGUAGAUUAGUAAAGUUAACUUCCAAUCUCUAAUAUUUUCAC